AUGAUUGCCGAAGCCACCAAAAUGGGCUUGGUCACCACGCCUUACCGGUUCAAUGCCGACGACGCCAUCGCCAUGACCCAGACGGGAGCGGAUACUCUCGUCGCGUACAUGGAAUUAACGACCUCAGGAAAGAUUGGGGCGAGAACAGCAAAGACUCUCGAGGCAUGCGUUGACGAGAUUCAAGAGAUACGGGACGCGGCGGUUGCAAUCAGAGAGGACGUCAUCGUCUUGUGCCAUGGUGGUCCCAUCGCCAGGCCGAGGAUGCGCAGUACAUUCUCAAAAGCGUAA